AUGUUUUCGACAAUCGACAACAACAGAGACUGUCUAGAUCGUCCACAAGACACAUAUCGAUUCAAGAAUGGAAAACUCAGAAGCCAACUAUCUGGAAAACAUGGAGUGCCCAGUGUGUCUGGACGUUCUUCGCCCUCCAGUCCGUUUGUGCAAGAACCGCCACAGCACUUGCCACGACUGCCACCACCAAAUAGUGAGGACCUCCCAGACAGCAAGAUGUCCACUUUGCCGGGAAGAAUUCGCACCAGACUCCUGCCCUGUCAAGGAGCAGUUGUACCUUGCGAUGAAGAUUCAAGAAUGGAAAACACAGAAGCCAGCUAUUUGGAAAACAUGGAGUGCCCAGUGUGUCUGGACGUUCUUCGCCCUCCAGUCCGUUUGUGCAAGAACCGCCACAGCACUUGCCACGACUGCCACCACCAAAUAGUGAGGACCUCCCAGACAGCAAGAUGUCCACUUUGCCGGGAAGAAUUCGCACCAGACUCCUGCCCUGUCAAGGAGCAAUUGUACCUUGCCAUGAAGGUAACCUGCAAAUUCGAUGGCUGUACAGUGAAAGGGUUUGGCAGAGAAGUCAUCCGACAUGAAAGGAGGUGUACCUUUCGAGUGCGACGCUGCCCUAAUUGCCCUUGGGAAGGACCCCAAACGUUGUUAACCCCGCAUUAUCUGAUCAAUCAUGUACAGCAAUAA